CAGUCACAGCAUUGAAGCAGCUGGGAAUUAAAAUGACUGAAUUCAUUGUACCAAUCUUGUUUUAUAUAACAUUAAAUACUGCUUUUGCUGAAAACAUCUUCCAAAUGGAACCUUUGCUGAUGGCUGAAAUUGGUAGUAACACCAACCUCACUUGCUUCUGUGCAAAAGAACAAUAUACAGGUGUGAUGUGGUUUAAACAAGAAAUGGGAGAGAAACCCAUUGGCAUAGCAACCUCAUAUCACUACUCACAUCCACCUGAGUUUUAUAAAGAUUUUGACAAGAACCGCUUCAGACUGAGCAGGGAUGUUAAAAGUUUUAAUCUGAGCAUCUCAGAAACACAGCUGUCAGACUCUGCAACAUACUAUUGUGCAGUGGCAUUCAUAAAUAUGAUCACAUUUGGAGAUGGCACUAUACUAAUUGUUAAAGGCAAGGACCACCACAAUCAUGUUGUCCAGCAGCAACCUACAUCCAUGUUACAUCAACCAGCUGAAAACAUUAACCUGGAAUGUAAAAUCUUUAGCAAUGUUUCCAUGGGAAAUCAUAGUGUUUACUGGUUUAAACAUGGCUCAAGAGAAUCUCAUCCAGGAAUAAUUUACACUCAUGGAGACAGUGCUCAGUGUAAGAAAAGCUCUGAGGCUGGAGCUCCUACACAGAGUUGUGUGUACAUGCUUCCCAAAAGGAACCUCAGACUCUCUGAUGCUGGAACUUACUACUGUGCUGUGACUGCAUGUGGGCAGAUACUCAUUGGCAAUGGAACCAAACUGGAAAUUUACGAUGCUUCAUCUGAUCAAAGGACAUGGUUCCUUAUCAUCAGCAUUUCAGUGUUAUUACUGCUGAGCUUAACUGUCAACAUCACUCUAUGUAUAAGAAUACAAAGAGGGCAAUGGAAUUCUGAAGGUAACAAACAAGCACCAACCAAGAUCAGAAAUAACAUACCAUCUGAACAGGCCAAUGAUGACAGCAAUCUGAAUUAUGCCACUAUAAAAUUCAUUGACAAAGGAAUGAAUCCCAGGAGAAAAACUAACAUAAAUAUAGAAGAUCAGACUGUUUAUUACAAUGGUCUAAAUAUGCAGUCUAGUAUCAGCAAGCGUCAGACUGCAUUAUAAUCUCAUCAGGUGUUUAGCACAUAUAAUGAAAUUAUGACAUAAGAUGAAAUACCUGAUAUGCCUGAUAUCACUUGAUAUGCCAUGAUGUUUCAUAGUGUAAGAAUGACAGAUUAAGACAUAACAAAUGUGUAUAGAAAAUAUUCACAUAGCAUCAUUCAUGAUAGAGGCCAUGGAAACAUGACACAUUACAAGUCAAAUAGUUCAUUUACUAUGGUGCACAAAAAGUGCAAACUGCAAAUUAUAGAGUUAAUUAGCAAUUUAUGUGGUAUGAAAGCCUAUGAUUAUAGUUAUAAAGUAGCCACAGAGGGUAGAUAUCAGUAUUUGAGUUGGUCAGAAUGGAAGAAUGGCAGCUGUGUGAAGAAGUGUGCCCUCUGGUGGUGGAAACAGCAAUGACAGCAACAAUAACUGUUCCACUAGAACAAUGGCACACAGGAAUAAUUUCUACUGUUGUUUUUGACCUAUGUUUUGUAUGUUUGUAUAAUUUAUUGUUUAUUUUUAUUUAAAUUAUAAGUGAAUACAUGAGGGCUAAAUAUAUUUUAUCUUUUUAUCUUUAUUAUUCAAAGUCCAACAAAAUUAGAAUUUGUUUUAUUUCAAAUCUUAAACCCCAGUCGAUAGUAUGCAUGUCAGAGUAUACACACAAUUAUGUAUAGUAUGUGUGCCAUGCCUGUGCUGAGCUGUUUUUUAAUGUUAAUGGUCUCAUUGAGUGCAUAGACUGCCUCAUUAUUUUAAAAAUAAAAAUGUGCAGGAAAUCCCUCAUCUUUAUUUUAGUGCCUGUAAAUUCACUGAUGUGAAAUUUUUCUCAAGUGAUUUAUCUUGGGUACAUCAGCAUUAGGUCUUGACUUGUCUACAAGUAGAUUAUCAAAUAUUAUAUAACUUAACAGUGCAUUUCUUUAUCGAUCUGACAAGCCCUGCUUCAGGUAUCCAGCAUACAAAGGAAACCAAAGCCAACCUAUGUACUCAACUAUACUUAUAUAAAUACUUAUAGAAGUACAAUUGUUAAAUACUUACACCUUUGCAAACUUAUUGUACAUCAUGUGCAUUGUACUUUCUGCAUGACAAAUGAUGUGAGAUCAUACUUGUUAUUCAGAAUUAGUGUUAGUAUAUUGUAAAACUGUUUGGAGACAAUG